GAAACCAAAGAAAGAAGAAGAAGAAGAAGAAAACAACAACAACCCUUUUUAGCUUUUUCCAUCUUCUCUGGCGAGUUCGUGACCUUGGCCGGAGAAAAAUCAAAAAUCGCUUAUCUCUGCAACCGCAUUAUCGGCGGUCAUGGCUGACCCAGAGACCUUAGCGGCGUUGAAGAGAGCUUACGCCGAUACGAUACUGAACACGACGAAGGAAGCCGCGGCUCGUAUUAUGGUUUCUGAAAAGAAGGCGCGUAGGUAUCAGCAAGAACUUGCGACGGUUAGAGAUGAUGCUCUUCAUACGUUGCUUAGGCUUAAACAGAUGCUUGAUUCCAAGGUCAAGGAGACAGAGAUAAUAUCCUUGAAGCAGCAACAGAAGGUUGAGGAACUGGAAGCUCAGCUUGAAGAGGCUGAAGAUAUUGUAGGAGAGCUGAGGGCGGAGUUGAGACAACUUCAAGAUGAGCUCAAGAAACGCACGGAUGGUCAGACACAUCUUAAAAGUGAUCAUGAGGAAGACCCCCGUUGGAUAAACCGUGAUGCAGCAGUUUCUGUAGUGCCUGAGGUUUCUUGCAUUCAUGAGAGCACAGAAGCUGUAGCUCCUUGCAUCCCAGUUGACCAAACUGAAUCGGUGGUGGCUAAUGGAAUAAAAAUCCCAUCUUUGGCUCACAUUAAUAGUAUUAACCGGUGUUCUCAUAAAUAUAACAAGGAUCAAUAUCACCACUCUCUUCCUUCUAUACUGACAAAACGCAAGGAAUCUGAAGGAUCCGCUCAGAUAAUUCACGCAGUUGAUAGCAGUAUGGCCAAUGGAGAUCUGUCUUCCUCUGUAGAAGUAGGAGAUGUGAAUGAUGGAGGUUGUCUUCACAAAGUUUCUUCUUGUAAAAGUGUAGAGACCUUAGAAAUAUCUGGUUGUGCUGAUGCUACUGACUCCAUAUCUUCUGUUAGAGAUGGAGAAGCCCCAGUAGUGUCUCCAAACGCUCCUCAGAAGGAUGAUGGCAAUCUCGUAUUCUUGAAAACAUCUCCUCCAACGAUUGUGAAAACAGAUGCAAAGAAGGAAGAAAAAGAGAGCUGUGAGAAUAUGGAAGUUUCGGCAUCUCCUUUGUGCGAAGAAACUUCAGUUUUGGCACUUAGUAAAAACCGGUGUAUCAAGUACACGUUUCAGAGGAAGAGAAAGAAGGAGGUUUUAAGCAAUCUUCAAGGAACUUCAUCGUUUGAGGAGAGCAGAAACGUGAAACAGAAGACUGGGGAUAAAGAUGAUGUUUAUUUGGAGUCUCUGAAGCCUAGCUUUACCAGUGAAUCAUCUCGAGAUAUAGUCUACGCAUAGCACAGGGGGUUUGGGAAGGUUAGUAAAUAUUAUCAUACAUCUAAUUCGCUAUAUCAUGUUAAGUUUAUUAUGUUUCUCUGUUUCUAUAUUGUAUUGUACCAUUCUCGGAGAAGAAAGAUUUGCAACAGAAGAACAAGUCAACCAGUAGGAUGCACCAGCAAAAUGGUUAUAGUAGUAAAGAAUUCAUCUGAUAUAUAUACAAAUAUUCAAGUUAGAUAUGAUAUUGAGUCAAACUAAAGUUGAUGUGAUAAGGAUAGAAUGGAAACUUCAAAAUUCUGACUUACACCUGGAUGCUGUGUAAGACUAUUAUGAGCUAUCAGUGUAUUUCGUAUGUAUGUAAAUAAAUGAUCUAACGAAGAAGUCUUACUAAAA